CAGAAACCCAAACUCAAAUGCUUUUCAAAUUUACACUCUCAAUUUCUAAAACCCCAUCUCCCUCUCUCUCUCUCUCUCUCUCUUUCUCUCCCAGAUUCGAUUCCCAAUUUGCCAUAGCCGAAUCGAAUACACAGAACCCAUCGCUGUGUCCGAGCCCAUACAAAUCCCAGGUACUUGACUCUCUCCGAUUCAGAUUUGCUGGGUCAAAUCCCUUAUAUUUACUUUCAAUCUGAGUAGUUUUCUUUGAAUUUGAGUACCCAAUUGUAAUUUAGAUUCAGGGUUGUAUUGGGUUUUGGGAAUUACAGUCAAAGCUUUCGUCUUUAAUUUCUUUCGAAACCCUUUAUCCCCCUAUGCCCAAUUGAGCUCGGACUCAUGGUUAGAGAGCAAACAGUGGAGUCUUUCUACUCGAGGCUCCGCGAAUCGGCGAUAGCCUCGUCGGGUUCUCCUCUGCUCAUAUUCCCAUCUACUUCAGAUGUGGACUCGCUCUGUGCCCUCAAAAUCAUUUUACAUGUGCUUGAAUCGGAUUCGGUCCGGUACUCGUGUUAUCCGGUGUCUUCGUUUCAGGAGAUUCACAAGUACGCAGGGCCGGACCUGUGUUCGUCGUCGGAGAAUCCGAUUUGUAUUCUUUUGAUCAAUUGGGGGUGUCACCGGGACCUGAGGAGGCUGCUCAAUUUGUCCCCCGUGGCGCGUGUUUUCGUGGUGGACAGUCACCGGCCGAUUCAUUUGCAUAAUCUCAGUGAGCAGAAUGAUCGUGUGGUUGUGCUUUAUACAUUGGAAGACGAGAGGCAGGCGGAUUUGGCCUAUGAUAUUGAGGAUGUUUCGGCUUUGGCUAAUGCGAGUGACUUGAAUAGUGAUGAUGAGCUUGAUGGGGAGUCGGAUAGUGAUGGUGAUAGUGAUAGUGAGAGUGAGGAGGAUGAAGCUGGGGAUGGGGAUGGGUCGAGGAAGAAAAGGAGGGUGUCUGAGGAAGAAGACCCGGUUAAGCUUUUUGGGAAGUUGAAGAAGAAAUACUACCAUUUGGGUACUUUUCAUGGUAAGCCUUCGGGGUGUUUGAUGUAUGAUCUGUCACAUUCUUUGAGGAAGAACACGAAUGAGUUGCUUUGGUUGUCUUGUGUUUCUUUAACGGAUCAGUUUGUACACGAGAGGUUAACAGAUGAGAGGUACCAGGCUGCGGUUAUGGAGCUUGAGCAGCAUAUUAACAGUUCAGGGAAUUUGGAGGCAGUGACUUCGGUGACUCUCAAAGACGGGACGAAGAUUCGGCUGCCCAGUUCGUCUAGAAUUGCAUAUGAAGAUGAGCCUAGACUAAUGCUGUUGCAGGAAUGGAAUUUAUUUGAUUCCAUGAUUUGUUCUUCCUACAUUGCAACCAAAAUGAAGACAUGGAGUGACAACGGAAUGAAAAAGCUCCAGCUUCUUAUUGCAAGGAUGGGAAUUGCGCUGGUGGAUUGCCAACAGAAGUUUCAGUUCAUGAAUGUUGAAGUGAAAAAAAGGAUGAGAGAUCAAUUUGAACAGUUUUUACCCGAGUAUGGACUCACUGAUUUCUACUACCGGAGCUUUCUGCGGCUCCACGGUUAUGGCUCAAGGGUAUCAGCAGCAGAUGUGGUGUAUGGAGUUACAGCUUUGCUUGAAUCGUUUGUAGAGUCAGAUGGUUCCUGUGCUGCUAAGCAGUUUGGGGUAGCUUAUGACGCACUGUCAUUGAACAAUCUUGAUAAGCUGAAAGCUGGAAUGCAGAAAGCAAUUCGGGUACAAAGGGCAAUUGUUAGACAAGGAAGUAGAGCAGUAACAAAGAGUGGUUGUAUAAGAAGUGGAAGGAAAUUUAGGUGGGUGAAACUUGAAGAUUCUGUAGAUGCGAAACUGUUGGGGUACCCCCAGGCAUUGACUAAAUUGUGCUAUUUUGUGAUGGAUGCUCUGAAAGAGAAGGGAGCUAGAAUGAAGCCUUUGGUUUGUGCCUGCUUGGCACAAGAAGCCAAAAAGAUGAUCAUAGUUGGGGUUUGUGGGAAGCCUCGACUGGGAGCAGUUAAAGGAAAUUCAUUUGGAAUUGCAUUUCGAACUGCAGCUCAGGAGAUUUCUGCAGAGUUCUUCCAUGAGAUGUUUGAGUCUUCAUGGAUCAUCCUGGAUUCAGCUCAAGUGAAUACCUUUAUGAUGAGGUUGACUGAUAGAUUGUGAUGUAGAACUUCCCAAGGGAAAAUGUCUAACCCUCCCCUUUAGUUUCUUUGAGCAAGUUUACUGUAAUGCUGUGUUUUAAUUGAUCUGUGCCAAGUUACAUAAUUGGUUUUUUUUUUUUUUAAUAAAUUCCUCAUUUCUUCAGUUGUAAGUUGUAACAUGUUUCUUUUCUUCACAUAUAAACUGAACUUGACAUUUUCUAGCAAGGAAUC